AAACUAAUGCAGCUAAUCGGGGAGCGCAAUAAAAAACUAGCUGUCUCUGUUCUAUAUAAUCUGUAAUCGUGAAACAGCAAUGAUUGCUGCUCGUGUUUCAUUUUUCUCUUCGUUCUCUUAAGUAGAUUUAUAUACGUGAUAGAGCUUCGAUAAAAUUAUGGCCGAAUUGCUGUUGGAUCCGAAUAUUCGUGGCUGGGUGUUCCUACCCAUAGUAGUAAUUACAUUCCUCGUCGGUAUCGUUCGCCACUAUGUUUCGAUAUUGCUCGCCUCGCAGAAGAAGGUCGAAUUGCAUCAAGUGCAAGACAGUCAGGUCAUGAUACGCUCUAGGCUGCUCAGAGAAAAUGGACAAUACAUACCAAAGGUAGCAUUUAUGACUAGAAGACACUUUUUCAAUAAUGAAGAAACUGGGUACUUUAAAACUCAGAAACGUGCACCUGUUUCCCAAAAUCCCAUGACUGAUCCAAAUAUGAUGACAGAUAUGUUGAAAGGAAAUGUGACUAAUGUGUUGCCUAUGGUACUGAUAGGUGGUUGGAUCAAUUGGAUGUUCUCAGGAUUUGUGACAACCAAAGUACCAUUUCCACUAACAUUGCGUUUCAAGCCAAUGUUGCAACGAGGUAUAGAGUUGGUUACAUUGGAUGCUGCAUGGGUUUCUUCAGCUUCGUGGUAUUUUCUCAAUGUAUUUGGAUUGAGAUCUAUAUAUACACUCGUGCUUGGCGAAAAUAAUGCUGCAGAUACUUCGAGACUGUUGCAAGAUCAAGUGUCAGGUGCUGCAAUGUCAAUGCCACCUGAUCCAAAAGCAGCUUUCAAGUCUGAAUGGGAAGCAUUAGAGAUUUGUGAACAUAACUGGGCAUUACAGGGAGUAGAUGCUGAAUUAAUGGGCACCCAAUCAAAGUCUGAUUCAGCUGACAGUAUAUAUCAUCAAGGCAGAGCAAAUUGAGAUCUUUAUAGUGAUAAAAUUAUUUAAAAAAUUCAGAUAAAGGAUCUAUUUAUUUGUAUCUUAAGUAGCAACUUGCAGCGCAUUCAUUCAAAUCAGGAAUAUUGUUUUUUUUUUAAAUAAAU